AUGACAGCAGUAUCAAAUAUGGCGACAUUCAAUAUGAACGGUGGAGGAAUGAUGAGGAGCACGAUGCCAAAUGUGACGCUGACAAUCCAGCCGUCGACUUCAUCGAUGACGUCAUCACAGCCAAGAAUGAUGAACUCUCAUCAUCGAUUUCAACGAAACGAUGCGAUGCCCGAUGUGAUGGGUGAUGGACCUGGAAGGAGGCUGAGAAAGAAUGUUGCGAACGUUCGGAGGCACGUCGACUACGUUUCGACGGUGUUGAAUCACUGCGAGAAUCGUCUCUGGCAAUACGGAAAACAGCGAGUACUACAACAACCGGAUAUCCUCUACCAGCCACUCGCCGUUCCCGCCGACGCAACUCCAGAUGUCCCCGUCGAUUGUAUAUUGACGAAGUUCAUCAGAACAGCGAUGAAUAAAGUGAAAUGUCCGGUGUACAGCGUUUGUUGGUCACCGGAAGGAAAACGACUAAUCACAGGGUGUCAAACCGGCGAGUUCACCCUCUGGAACGGCACGGCGUUCAACUUCGAAACGAUUCUGCAGGCUCACGACUCGGCGAUUCGAGCACUGAAAUGGGCGUCGAAUGAGCAGUGGCUGUUGAGUGCCGAUCAGGGAGGAUACGUGAAGUAUUGGCAACCGAAUAUGAACAACGCCCACAUGUUCUCGGCACACAAAGAUGAAGCGAUUCGAGGAUUGGCAUUCGCCCCGACCGACGUGAAGUUCGCGACAGCCUCCGACGACGGAACCGCCCGUGUCUGGGAUUUCGCGCGGUACUCAGAAGAACGAGUGCUCAGAGGCCAUGGAGCAGAAGUGAGAUGUAUCGAUUGGCAUCCGACGAAGGGAUUACUGGUGACAGGAUCACGUGACACUCAACAACCAGUGAAGAUUUGGGAUCCGAAGACUGGAUCGUGUCUGGCGACUCUUCAAGAGCAUAAGAGUAGUGUGAUGGCGGUGGAGUUCAAUAAGAACGGGAAUUGGUUGUUGACGGGUGGAAGAGAUCAUUUGGUGAAAUUGUACGAUAUUCGGAUGAUGAAAGAGGUGAAGACGUUCCGAGCACACAAGAAAGAAGUCAUUUCACUCGCUUGGCACCCAAUCCACGAAGGACUCUUCGUUUCUGGCGGUGGUGAUGGAUCUAUUGUAUAUUGGAUGGUUGACGGAGAGAAAGAGAUUGGACUACUAGAACACGCCCACGAUCAAGCAAUUUGGUCGAUGAAAUGGCAUCCACUCGGACACAUUCUAGCUACAGGAUCCAACGAUAACAACACGAAAUUCUGGGCUCGAAAUCGUCCCGGUGACACUGUCGAAGACAUUUUCGGACUAUCGAGCCACACCACAAUGAUUGGUCAUUUGGAUAAGGAAAGAGAGCCCCGAAUGGCUCCGUUGAAAUCGAAUCAGGAGACUCAAGAGGUCUAUCGAUCGGACACUUUCAUUCCAGGAAUGGGUCUCGAUGAGAAUCUAUACGAGCAAUUGAAUAAGGACGGAAAUCUGAUGACUACUGAUACGACACUCUUGGUACCAGAUGAUAUGUCACGCCAGAAUUUGGCACCGAUGAUUGGAGCGAAACGGACGUUGAUCAAGCAGCCACCGGCCAAAAAAGCGCAACGUCAAUUCGAGCGGAUGUGGAAUAAUUCGAAGGGAAUCGGCGCGGGAACCGACGAUUUCGCGGCGAUGAUCGGUGGAAUGGGACGGGAAGACGCGGAGAGCUCCGGAGCAGGAGGAGGGGGCUAUGGAGCUCCGAUGCUCCCACCGACUAAAUCAUUUUUGGGACCACCGACGACGGGUGGCUCGUUGUUAGGGCCGAGUCAACCGAGACCGCCUCAGGAAUACCAUUCAAUGCCGCCACCGCCACAACAAGGACCACAAGGAGCACCGUGGAGAGGGCCUGGAGCCUACAGACCUCAAGGACAAUGGAAUCCUCAGAAUCAGCAGAAUCGAGGGCCUCCGGGACCCCCUGGACCUGGAUCUUAUGGUCCGCCUCCACAAUCUUAUGGCCAAAAUGGACAAGGACAAGGGUCAUUUGGAGGACCUCCUUCUUAUGGACAAAACCAAGGAUAUGGCCAACAAGCUCCGCCCCCUUCAAGACCGCCCGCCUCCUACAAUCCGCCGCCACAACAACAGACCCAAUCGGCUGAUAUCGACUACCGUAAUAGUGGUCCUCCACAGUCGUCUGCUGACGUGGAUAUGCGACAGAUGCCACAGCAGCCACCACAACCGAUCCAUCAGAAUAGUGGAGGAGGAGGCGUUCCGGAUUCGUGGAGAGCUCCGCCCACAAAUGCGCAGAUGCAGCAACAACAACAACAACAGAUGAUGCAGAGGAUGGAUCCGAGAAGAGAUCCGAGAAUAGCGGCGAGGCAAUCCGAUCAACUGAGCCCCACCGGCGGCCCACCACCACCUCAACAACAACAAGGACCAAACCAAUGGAUGCCACAAUUCGACGGAGGACCGAAUCGACGAGGAGGGAUGCACUCAGCUGGAAGAGGACGAGGCAGAGGACAACCUUACUAA